AUGGCCACGCAGGGGGCCCGGGACCGAGCCCGCCCAGUCCGCGGUGGGGAGGAGGUCCGCGGUCUGCGAGGCGCGGAGGCUGCAGGGCAGCUGGGACGGGCUGACUUCCUGUGCCUAGAAGAGCAGCUGCCGGUAGGCUGGGGCAGGGCGGUCCCCUUGCUGCGGUUCAGGAGCAUCUGGAGCGAGGCUGCCACUGCACCCAUGUCCACCACACCGGCAGACACCCCGGGGUGGCUGAGCCCCGGGAGACAUGGCGAGGCCCUUGUGAAGCUGCCCAGUGUCCCUCGCCCAUCUCCGCGGCCCCAUCUUCCCCUCUCCUGCCCACAGGAGCGCAGAGAGGGCUUUCUAGAGGACAAUAUUCUGGGAGAGACCGAGGCCGAGAGCAUCCUCCUGCAGUUCUCAUCUGUUUCCCACAGAACCCUCCGGAGACCAGAAAGGGGGGUGCCUGAGACCCGGGAGCUGAGUGCUGCCUCCGUUCUGGGCAGGCUGGCUCAGUUGCUUGGAUCGCACCGCUGCGGCCAAGGUCUCUUUCUGAGCCUGGUCUGGCCCACUUCUUUCUUGGUCCCCGGCCGUCGCUUCCGCCAUGACUCUUCGUCAGCUGCCUCCCGGUUAGCUGUAGUUGCUCACUUGGGGAACCCAGUGAGAAACGGGCUGAGUCACCAUCACUCAUCACCCCACGGAAAGAGAAUCCAAAGCACACAUCCGAGGGGUGUCCGGAAAGGAGCCCAGCGUGUCAGGCGGCAACUCGUCCAUCUUGUGCGUGUCCAGAUACUUCUUGGUUCUCACGCCCGGUUCCCCUUUCAGACUGGCAACCUCUUGAAGCCUGGGAUCUCUGCUGGUUGUCAGUUAACUCCAGUACAGUUUGCACCUGCAUUGGUAGGCCUGGGGUGCCAGGAGCUGCUGAUGCACCCUAAAGUUCAGGAACACUGCAGCCCACCCCCACCAUCAUACAACCUCACAGGACACAGGUCACAAAGAGCACAUCAUGAAGAACACCCCCUGGAGUUGUGCAAAGCAGCAGCUUCUGGGAGGACGGGGUCCUGAUGGAUUUUAUAUUUCGUGCCCAUACCGUCAACGUCCUGUAGAGAUAGUAACAACCAACGUCUCCCACAUGAAAAGAAGGUUCUAUGAUUUGAGGUUUGGGGGAAGGGAGGUGAAAGAGAGGAAAUACCUUUUCUUGUGUAAUGGGAAUAAAGAACUUGUAUUCUGCUUUUUGAGUCUGAGUUUUUGGCCUGUCCCUAAGACUGGA